GAUGCUCCUCUUCGGAAUGUAGUCCACCUUAAGCGCACAUAGAGGGUAAACGCAGGCGUAGAGCGAGGCUUCCGCUUCAUUCCCAGCCGGGCUCGGAGCCGAUCACUUCGGAGACCAGAGAGAGGCGCUCGGCCAAAGCCAACGGAACCAGUGCUGCAACAUGUCGGAGCCGAAAUACCGAGAAUGGAUCCUGGAAACCAUCGACUCCCUGCGCUCGAGAAAAGCCCGACCGGACCUGGAAAGAAUCUGCCGAAUGGUCCGAAGAAGACACGGCUCAGACCCGGACAAAACCAGGGCUGAACUAGAAAAACUGAUCCAAGAGCAAACUGUGCUGAAAGUUAGCUACAAGGGGUCCAUCUCCUACAGGAACGCUGCUAAAGUGCAAAGGAAAUGCAGAAAGCGAGCGGAGCAAACCAGCGACAGUGGCGAGCCGCUCGGUGAACACGACAAACGCGCCAGAUGCGAUAACAACGACAGCGCGCUCAGCCUCACGGACCAAGAGCAGUGCGAGGACAAGGAGCCCGAGGAACCCGGGGCGAGCCCGUGUCCUGACCCCCUGCCUCAAACCUCGCCCUCCGCUCUUGUAAAGGAAGAGCAGAUUUUACCACAACCUAGCGGAAACAGUUUUGUUAGUUGUGGCGCAGCGGGCCACUCCGCCGGGAGCGUGAAAGCAAGUGCAUCGAGAGACAAGAGCUCGGUCGCCGAGGCGGGAGCAACCGGCUCCUCUCUCCACCGCGAUGCUGCAAACAGACGGGCUGAAGGAGACGUGACGCUCGGCCACGAGGGCAGCGAUGAUGAUGGUGAUGAGAAAGAAAAGAAAACUUGCUCAAGCGCCAUCGGUCUGCAUCCGAAAACAACCAAGCCCCCCGCGUCCACCAAACCCAAACUUAAGGAGGGGGCAAAGGGCUCCGGGACGCGCUGCUCGGACUCUCCGGAUGAGAGCAGCGCUGAUCUGGGCGACAGGCUGGUUUCUGCGGUCCGAAGUCUGUCCGAGAGACACCGGGGCUCCGCCGCAACACGGGGCCACGCGCCGCCGGGGCUCAAAGAGAUCCUCGACUACCUCAGCACGCAACGAGGGAUGCCCGGGGAGAAGCUGACCCGCAACCGCGUUAAAGUGGUGCUGGAGCGCGAGAUCGAGAGGGGUCGACUCCGCAGGACCCGCCUGGGCCACAUCACUCCUGCCGCGAGGGGGAUGGGGGCGGCCAAGCCGUCCGCGCGGCUCCUGAAGAGCGCACUGCAGGACAGACGUCUCGCGAAGAAGGAGGAGGUGAAGACAGAAGAAAGGAUGGAGGUGGAGAGUGAGGAGCAUGACACAGUGGGCUCAGCGGAGGAUGUUCCCUACACCAUCACUGAUGGAGGUCCCGCAGGUGUCAAGGCUGGCACUGACCCGACCUCACCUGACACCCAGGUGCAGAAUGAUAAUGGCACUGACCCACCACUGACCUCAGACCAGUGCUCCUUACAGCAGGAAGCAGACGGGGGUGGACGUGAAGAGCAGACAGUGUCUGUGGAGCUCAAGGAUGCUGGUGCUGAGAAAAACACAGAUGCUCCUGAUCAGCUACAUCCCAGCACUGAGGAUCAGCUGAUUGUGAUGUCAGAGACCGUAAAGGCUCCAUCGUCAAUACCUAUAAGAAACUGUGCAGACUGUAAGCUGGAAGUGGGAGUGUCGUCAUGUUUGCUGACUCCCUCUGCCUCACCAGGAGCGGCUGAAGAACGAGGGAUGAAUGACGGAAUAGGUGGCUUUCUGAAGUUUGAGACGGGUGGCAUGAGCCCAGUGGACUGGACUGUAGCAGACGUGGCCAGCUACUUCACCGCGGCUGGAUUUCCAGAGCAGGCGCUCGCCUUCAGGACACAGGAGAUCGACGGGAAGUCCCUCCUUCUGAUGCAAAGGAAUGACGUGCUGACAGGCCUGUCAAUCAGACUUGGUCCCGCCCUAAAGAUCUAUGAAAGACACGUGAAGGUUCUGCAGAGGACCCAUUUCCAGGAUGACGAAGCUUUCUGCUGAUACACACACACGCAUAUAUUUUAGCUAUUUUGUACAUGACAAAGUAACUUGCAUGUACCUAUACCAAACAAUAUUUACUCAUCCCAGAACACGCAUAUUCCUGAAGACAUUCCUGAAGACAUUCAAUACGAUUCUUAAGGACUUUUCGUUUUCCUCACACAAUAAUGUAUAUAUAUAUUUUUAAUCAGUUAUCCUGCAGCUAUUGGAAAGAACUUUGGCCUGAAAAGUGAGUAAAAUGAACUGAACUGAGUAGAAGAAUGGAGAAAGUUUGGGAAGACUGAAAGGAGAAAAAGAAAUUAAGAAGUGUCCCCAUUUUUUGAAAUGACUGUGCAGUUCUGUGCAGUUAACGCUGCUCUGAUGGAUACCACUGUUCGGACUGUGACACUUGACCCUGAAUUCAUUUCAUCAAGUUGAUUUUCUUUUCUGUUUUUCAGUCCAGCAGGGGGCGGAAAAUCUUUUUUUGUGUGACCUCACUGGUUUCAAGAUUGCUAUUGAAACCAAAGGAUGGAGGGUUUCCACUGCACAGAGAACUUUUUGUUAAAAAUGUUGCUCCAAUGUUAAAAAGAAACCUGUCUGGUUACAGUUUGAAAGAAGUAAAUUCUGACUGGAUUUUUGUUCUUGACAAUGACUGAAGCCCUCGUCUUCUCUCAGCGAUAGACUAAACCAUUUCUUCCUGACAUACUGAAAUGAUCUUGAAUGUCUAUUGUUCCUUCCAGUUUUUUUGUCUCUUGCACCCUUAUGUCAGAAAAAAAAUACAAUUAAAAUCUGUUUAUGCAGAUCUCCUGCACACAAUCAAGUGUGUGCAUCUCACCAAGGAUCUCCAUUCAAAGUGACUUUGACUCCUUUAAUCUCGGAUUUGCCAGCCUUGACUUUCC